CGACUGGCUUCCUCUUCACCACCAUUGACCGCCCGUAGACGGCACCCUCACCGCAGCCCAGUCCGUACCAUGCUUCUAGCCGUCCACUUCGCCUACGUCCGUCGCCCAAUCUCUGCAGCCUGCGCCCUUUGAAGCUUGUCGAAGCUUGUGACCCGCCCGCUCCGUGCUGCCUAGCACUAUCACUUCCUCAACAUGUCUCCCCGGCGUUCGUCGCGCGCGAGAACCACUCAGCCACGCCAGAGCGACCCGCCCGCCAACAGCACCUCCACCUCCUCUGUAUCAUCCGGCCGCACCGAUCGGGCCACCAGGUCCAACAUCAAGCAAUCCUCGCCCCAGAAGUCCUCCACGCCCCAUUCCCUUUCGUCUGAAGAGGUCGAAGAGCCCGUCGCCGAUCCGCCUGUCGAGCCGCCACAGACCCGCCGACGGGCCCGCGAACAGGACAAUGACGAAGACGACUCCGCCAAACUCGACGACGAGCUCGACGACGAUAUCGCCGAGGAGGAGGAGAUAACCAGAUGUGUGUGCGGGCAGCAGGAAUACCCAGGUCCCCCUUCCGACGCCGGUAAGUCCAGAGACGGCCACUCUUCCGGGUUGGCUGACUCUGAGACUCUGGCAGAAGACGCGGGCGGCUUGUUCAUUCAAUGCGACGUCUGCAAGGUCUGGCAACAUGGCGGCUGUGUGGGCAUCAUGGAUGAAGCCGCCAGCCCAGAGGAGUAUUUUUGCGAAGAGUGCCGCAAGGAUCUACACAAGCUCAUGACGAGUUCAAAAGGGCAACGAUAUUCCCGCUAUCUACCCGUCUCCGGCUACAAUCCCUCCAAGGGCUCCAGGAAAUCGUCCGUUUCGAAAGACCGGGAACCCAAAGGAUCCAGAGACAAGGAAAAGUCUUCCAGAGCAAGCGCCGAGUCAUUCACGAAGCGACGAUCUACAAUGAACAGCCGAGCAGCCUGGGACGAGGAUGAAGUCUUGCGCAAGGUGCUGGAAGCAAGCAAAGGUGAGGGUUCUAUUGAGGGCGGGAACAGAAAGAAGAGGAGUCGCGACGAUAGCGAAGACAUCAAGCAAGAACCGAAACGUCAGCGCACUGGAUCGCGCUCGCCAACCACCUCCCCCACCUUAGAAUCCGACGACGAGGGCCCCGCAUCGAAAAAUACAGCCAAUGGCAGACAAAAGCCGCGCGGAGCAGCAGCGCGAAGCCAGCGCGAAAAGGAACUUCGAGAGAAGGAAAAAGAACGCGAACGCGCUGAAGCAGCCGGCAGACGCAAGGGUCGCAUAGAGAGAAGAAGAGCAGAUGAGCCCGAAACCGCAGAACAAACCCCCAUAGACGACAGCGCCGUACCCCCCUCAGCGUCCGAAUCCGUAGCCCCCGAUACCCCCUCCACGGCCCCCCAACCGGCACCUACACACAAGAAGUCCGGUCGACCACCACAGAAACGCGUCUCCCGGCUAGGCCGCAACCAAUACACCCGCGACCGUGAUAGCAAUAUCACGGCAGCGAACAACGGCGCUUCACCUAGCCGCACAAACAACGACAACUCCCCCCGCUCGCCCCAGACAUCAGCCGUAAACGGCCACAGCGGCAACAACGGCCACGACAGCUCCGACGGCGCGGUGGGCGGCGGAGGCGGCGGAGGCGUCACAAAACACCCUAAAGCGAAGAACUGGCGGCUGGAGAAGAUGAGCUGGAACGACAUCCGGCGGCCCGCCGGCGUGAUGCAAAACUACAUCUCGCAACGGCAGGUCGAGCUGGCGGGCGUGAAUGGGGAGAAGAGCCCCCUACGGCCUGUGGUGCUGGAGGUCAACGGCACUGGCGCCGGCGGGGAGAAGGAGCGGGAUAAGGAGAUGCGGGAGGUGGAUGCCAGGGGCGGAGAGGAGGGUGGGGUGGACCGGUUCAAGAGCCUGAGCACGCUGCAGAUGAUGGAUGAUUUGAGCAGGGAGCUCGUGCUUUGGCAAAGGAUGGUGCAGGAGAGUCAGGCGGAGAAAUGAUGUGAGGGGAAUUGAUCGUAAUGGCGGCGUUUUCGGAAAGGGCUUUUGGCCUCCACGUGGAUUCUCUACGCGGGACUUUUUGGGAUACUGGAACACCUCACGUGGGCGGGUUGAGGGGAUACCCUGGAUGAGGCACGCGGCUAUUUAGCUACGGGGUGGGCGUGGGCUUCUUGUAUAAAAAAGGCUUUCAUGGAAUGAGAUGGUGAUUCUGCUUC